AUGGACCAAGUAGAAACCCACUUGACUUCUAUAGAUGUGACGGAUGAUCACGUAAAAAUCAUCUUGGCUACCUAUAAGUUUUCCAAGGACGCCAAGUUUUGGUGGAAGUCGGUCACUAAUCAACAUAAGGUUAAAGAGAUGAGUUGGGACAUGUUUAAGGAGCUAUUUUAUGAGAAGUAUUUUUUGGUUCCCAAGAGAUGGGAGCUAAGGGAACAGUAUAAUAGCCUUAUCCAAGGUACUAUGUCAGUGACGGAAUACGAGAACAAGUUCACUUCUCUUUCCCGCUUUGCUCAAGAGAUAGUGAGGAAUGAAGCUGACAAGACUCGAAAGUUUAUUUCCGGUCUUCAUUACCAAAUGAAGUCGUUGAUCACGGCUCAAUACUUCAAGGUUUAUUCAGAGGCAAUGGAAAGAGCAUUGAUGCUGGAAGCAAAAGUUAAAGAUAGAAAUGCAGGAAGGGAACAGUAG